AUGAAUACAAGGAAACAGAAUAUAAAUACCCUAAAAGAAGUUAAAAUAGCAGCAAUUAAUCCAUCAUUGGAUCUGCCAAAAGAGACUGCAGAUGGCAGUAACAGCAGCGGGGAGCUGGUAAAAAAACCCUUUCAAAGGAGCUCGAGACUGGCUCAAUCGCCUCCGUUGAGUGGAAGAACCCGAACUGCGUCACCAUGCAUGCAGUACAGCAGUGUCGCAAAGGAGGCCACAACAGAAGAGCUCAACCGCAGCAUCAGUGCUAAAAUUAAAGAGCUAACGGAGAUGAUGGAACUCCCAAAGCGUAAUAUUAACCAGCCAAUGCGUGAUCUGGUUUCGAACAUUUCUGAGCUCCAUAAGAAGUUAGAAAGGUUGGUUCAGACUUCUAGAAUAAGGAUGUUAAAAUGGACAAAAAGUGUGGUACUCGAAGCAAAAAAAGAAUGCACGCAAACAUCGCCUCUUAUAAAGCGCGUCACGGAUGGUACGCCAAAGAGAUGUAUAGACACAGUCGCUGCACGGAAAAGCCCGGCAAAAAAGAGUAAAAGUGACCACGAUGGAACACUGAAGGCAACGCUGGUAACAACAAAAGAGCAAACCAGCUCCGAAGGAUGGAACACGCAAGGCAUCGCAGCCAACGCUGCCAGCUGUAUGGAAGACGAUGGAAAUCGAUGCUUGGCCAACGCUGACGAAAUUUUGCACAUUUGCAAACAGAUCAAAGGCAAUAAGGCACCCGGGCCCGAUGCGAUCCCGAAUGAAGCUCUUAAGUUGGCAAUCCAAAAGCAUUCAGAAAUCUUUGUGGAUGUUUACAACUCGUGCUUAGAAGAAUGCACAUUCCCGAAAGAGUGGAAACUGCAAAAGCUAGUGCUAAUACCAAAAGGGUCUAAGCCGGCGGAAGAUCCCUCAGGCUACCGCCCACUAUGCUUACUGGACACGGCAGGUGUCGGAGGGUUAUCGCCGCACCAAUAUGGCUUCCGCUCUACCACAGAUGCUGUUGUAGCCGUUAAGCGCAUUGCUCACAAAGCGAUUGAAGGUUCUCGCUGGCUCUACGGAGAUAAAGAGUAUUGCCUAGUCACAACGUUAGAUGUAAAAAAUGCAUUUAAUACAGCAAACUGGGGCAAAAUCCUAAAUGCGCUGGAGAAUUUACGAGUCCCAGCCUACAUUCGGAAAAUCGUUGCAAGCAACUUCACUAACAGAGUGCUGCAAUACAAAACCGACAAGGAAUGA